AUGUGUAAACACAUUCUCAACGCCCAAGUUGCAAUCCGGUCGCCAUGCUGUCGGAAAUGGUUCGACUGCGCAGAAUGCCACCAAGAGCAGGAAACCCACCCUUUGGUGCAAUCCUUUGACAUGACGUUUGCGUGCAAAAAGUGCAAGAAAUGCUUCCGGAAAGAUACGUCCGAGUUUGAGGAGAGUGAUGAAUACUGCCCACACUGCGACAACCAUUUCGUGAUCGAUGCCAAAACGCCUCAGGCCGCGCUGCAAGUUGAAGGCGACGACGUUCGGAUGAACGCAAAGAUGCUCAAGGACGAACGUGUGCGCGGCGACGUGGAAAAGUCCAUCUUCAGUAUCGGAGACAAAGCAGCAGACCGAUUGGGCUAG